AUGAGUGAUGCAGGUCUCGCCGACAAGAAGCCUCUCGACGAGGAAGCCCAGGUAGGGACGUCGAACGACGAGUCUCUCCAUGACAGCCUUCAGGGGAAAAAGAAUGACUCUCCAGAACCCGAAGGCGAAGAGAAGAGCCCAGAGAAUGGCUCGAAGUCCGAAUUCGAGGUGUGGUGGGAUGAACCAGCAGACCAAGAUCCCGCGAAUCCCAUGAACUGGAGCAAUGUGCGCAAAUGGACCAUCAUCGCCACGGUCUCGUUCAUCACGUUUCUCACGUCAGUAAUGCUCCCGCCAUAUCACAGUCGUUGCUUUGUGCGCCGUCUAAUUGGUACAAUUUAUAGGCCCCUCGCGUCGUCCAUGUUCGCUCUUGGCGUCCCUGAGGUCAUGAGGGAUUUCGGCUCCAGCUCCGAUGUGCUGGCGAGUUUCGUCGUCUCCGUCUUCGUCCUAGGAUUCGCCUUUGGUCCUCUCAUCAUCGCGCCGCUCAGCGAGUACGGUGGUCGCGUGGUCGUCUACAACACAUGCAACGUCCUCUUCCUCGUUUUUACCAUCCUCAACGCGGUUGCGAAGAACAUGGCGAUGCUCAUCGUCUUCCGGUUUCUUGCCGGCUUUGCGGGCGUCGCUGCCAUCACCUGCGGCAGUGGCACCAUUGCGGAUUUGAUGCCGGCACAGAAGAGGGGCAUGGCCAUGUCCUUGUGGUCUCUGGGACCAUUGUUCGGUCCCAUCAUUGGACCCGUUGCCGAUGGCUUUCUGGUAGAGGCAAAAGUCACGCCUCCAUUCCAAGGUCCCCCUAAGGAGCUCUUCCUCCGAAGCAUUCUACGACCUACGAAAAUGCUGAUUCUGUCUCCCAUCGUCUUCCUCAUGUGCCUCUAUAUCGCGAUCUUGUACGGCCUUCUCUACAUCCUGUUCACGACCUACACGUUCGUCUUCGAGGGUCAAUACGGAUUCUCUGCGGGCACCGCCGGAUUGGCGUUCUUGGGCAGUGGCGUCGGUAUGUUACUGGGCCUGACGUACGUCGCGAAUCUGAGCGACAAGGCGAUUCGAAGGAAGAUCCAGCAGCAGCAGAAACCCAAACCGGAGGACCGACUACCGCUCUACCUCGUUCUCCCGGGAAGCCUCAGCAUCCCUGCGGGGCUCUUUAUCUACGGAUGGGGCGCGGACAAGCAUGUCCACUGGAUCGUGCCCCAGAUCGGAAACGCAGUGACGGGAUUCGGCAUGAUCACUAUCCUGAUGUGCAUUCAGACGUACCUGGUGGACGCCUUCACGGUGCACGCUGCCAGCGCGACCGCCGCAAAUACUGUCCUAAGGAGUCUUCUGGGCGCCCUUCUCCCGCUCUGUGGGCUGGAUAUGUACAAUGCACUGGGGCUGGGUUGGGGGAACAGUCUGCUGGGCUUUAUCGCCCUCGGGAUUGCGCCGAUUCCAGUGCUUUUCGGCGUGCUUGGGGAGCGUCUUCGGACACAUCCCCGGUUCCAGGUGCAGUUUUAG